AUGGAUCUGAGGAACAAUCUUUCACUCAUAGUGAAUGAAUUGAUGGCUCCAGUUUUGCCGGGUGUUCUGAUGGGGACUUUGGAAGAUGAGCUUAACAACUUAUUAACGUCCUCGCCUGUAAACAUUGAACGAAUAAACAGGUUGGUGCACAAAUAUAAGAGCAGUACUGUUCAAGAUGCGGACAGCUAUGCGCGAUGGCAGAAGUUAGAAAACCUUUUGCAACUAGUAGCUGCUUCCCCAAAUCAAGAAGAGGCAUCGGCAUAUCUGCGAUUAAUGAAAAACAUGAUGGAAUCUACAGGUCAGCAAAAGCGCCCCUCCCUUAAACUACACGAGUCUUCACUCAGCACACAUCUUCUGGAAAGCCAUGAUAACAUGAUGACGCCCAUCAAAAACUCUAGAAGCUCGCCUGUGUAUGCGGAGUCGUUUGAAAAUAUUGAUCGCUACUCUGAUCGACGGUCUAUCGUGUCAUCCAACUACGGUGGUAUGGCGCGUGACCGUAACAGCUCAGUAACACUCUCUAGCUUGUCAGAUCCCUAUUACAGCUGCGUGGUCAAUGAAAAGGAAAUUAUGAAUUACCUGCCCUUCACGCUUCUUGCGACAACAUCACAAAUGUUUACAUUUGAUAAACGUGGUGUGCAUAUUCCGGAAAACAUUCCAAACGGAGAAAGCGGGAUGCUUCACAUCCUUUUUGAAGCUGGACUUCUAUAUCGCUUUAUUCAAAAACAAAUCGACACAUACCGCACAACAAACGCGCUUUCUCCCCUCAAGACUGCGUUUUUGACAUUUGUAAAUCAACAGUUACAUGAGUACAUGGCGGUUGUAAAUCGCAUAUCCAAUAGUCCACAUAUCCGCUCUUUAAAGGCUCUGUAUAUUGACAUCAAGGACUGGAUUUUAGAGUUCAGAAUAUAUUACAACUUGAUGAUUGAUUUCCAGCAAUUGAGGGGAGAUCAUUUGCUCUCUCGCGUCCAUGACCUCAAGGACCAUGGCGAUCUUUUAGUAAAGCGUGUGUCAAACUCAUUGUAUGGAUCUCUGGACCAAAUUUACUACCAAUAUUUGGUAAACUGGCUUACUCGUAGUCAACUAGACACGCAUCAAGAGUUUUUUGUUGAAACAGUUCUUUCUCCUGAUCAUGGCCCAACCUCGCUAAAGCUUAACAUGGACAAAGUACCAACCUUCAUCUCGGCGCCAACAGCCAAGGAAAUUUACAUGAUUGGAAAAACCUCACUCUUUCUGGAAAAGGAAUGCAUGGAGAUUCAAUGGAUAAAUGACUGCAAUCAAAAAUAUUUUAAGGUAUACGGCGCUAUGAAAGGCAAUGCAGUUUCCUUAGAAUUUUGCGAUGCUGUGCGUUCUCACCACUCAGAAAUUAAUUCAUUCUGUAAGAGCACUUUGGAAAGCAAAUACAGCUUUUCGAGAGUACUGGACAUGUUGAAAGAUGUCCUUUUAAUGGGGAGAGGAGAUUUCAUAGAUCAAAUGAUAUGCAACUCUGCAGAUUUUUUACAGCAAUCAUCUGCGAUAUUGCCUAGCUAUAAACUGACAAGAUGUUUACAAGAGUCGAUAAAGCAAUCGUCCUUACGAUACAUGCUUGCAACACAACACACUAGAAAGAUCGUCGAUGGGAUCGAUGCACGCGUUUUGGAACUCGGGCACGGGUCGAUCGGUUGGGAUGUGUUCACAUUAGACUACUUGGCCGAGCAACCGCUUGCCACCAUUUUAGAGUUCGAUCGCUCCGGAGGGAGGAAGGUAUAUCUUCGAAUUUUCAACUUCCUUUGGAGGAUAAAGAAAAACAACUUUUUUUUUCAAGAGCAAUGGUCAAGGAAUAACACUCUGGCGCGAGACUUUAGGCGAUUACGUCGAAAUAAACCACUUGUGAGAGAUAUCUUGAAAAAAAUGUAUAAAGUCAAUGCAUUGAAAAGCAAUGUACAACACUUCAAUCGCAAAAUUGAAAGUUACUGUUUUCAGUCAAUCAUCGAGAAGAACUACGUGAAUUUGCGCACCAAAAUAUCAGACGAACGACGAGACUUAGAAGGUACAAUUAAAAAAACCAAAAUAAAGAAUGGUCUAGUCGUGGCGCAAGGGAUAUUGCGACCUCAAAAUCUACUUAUGCAAAAGAUAGGGAUGAAGGCCCGUGUAAGCUAUCAAAAGCAUACUCCAAGUAUAGAUGAGCUCAGACAAAUACAUGAUGAAUACUUGCAAAAAGUUGUUUGCAAUAAAUUGCUGGACUCUGCUUCACCUAACAGAAGACCGGGUACGUUUUCAAAGCAGUAUUAUCCUUCCACACUUAUACUGAUGUUGAACGAUCUUUUUGAGUUCAUUUUGCGAUAUUCCGAGUUCAACGAUGUCAUUCACGAUCUUUUAAUUCACUUGAGCUUACAGAGCAGUGAUGAGGUGUCAGAGCUUCUAAAGAAAUUAAACGACCUAUUAAGUAAGAUCGUGGCACAUUACAGAUGGAUUCAAAAGACCUCGUAUUAUCUUAUCAAAGACCUGAAAGCUGACGGUGACACAGAGUUGCUAAGUCUUAGUAAAAUUUUAAGAUAA